UGCAGGAAUGAUUGCGACUAUCAGUCUGCUGCUCGCCGUCUGACCGAGGAGGUGAAAGUCGCGCCACGGGGAGAGAGGAAAAAAAAAAAAAAAAAAAAAAAAAAAAUACCCACGCGUGGGUUGUUGUUGUGUUGCACGCGUGGGGCGUCCGACGCGCCAUAGUAGAAAGUCAACAAGAAAGGUUUGGCGGAUUUGUUUUGCUUUUUUUUUUUCCGGAGGACGAGGGUGAGGGGAGGGGGGGGGAAGAAGAUCCGUGUGCGCGACAUCUUCCUGCGUGGGUUCACUCCUCGCUCGACACGCCAUGCUCCUGGACGCAGGACCCCAGUACCCCGCCAUCGGAGUCACCACCUUCGGCUCGGCCCGGCACCACUCGGCGGGCGAGGUGUCGGAGCGCGAGGUGGCGCUGGGCAUCAACCCGUUCGCGGACGCCGGCAUGGGCGCCUUCAAGAUCAACCACGGCGGCGCGCACGACGGCGGCCAGGCGGCCUUCUCCGCGCAGGCGCCGGGCUACGCGGCGGCGGCCGCCCUGGGCCACCAUCACCACCAUCACCACCACCACCCGGGCCACGUGGGCUCCUACUCCACCUUCAACUCCACGCGGGACUUUCUGUUCAGGAACCGCGGCUUCGGCGAGGCGGCGACGGGCGCGCAGCACAGCCUCUUCGCGUCCGGCGGGUUCGCGUCCGGGCACUCGGAGGCGGCGGCGGCUCACCUGCUCUUCCCGGGGCUCCACGAGGCGCAGGCGGCGGCGGGCCACGCCUCCUCCAACGUGCACGUCAACGGCCAGAUGCGGCUGGGCUUCACCGGGGACGUCUACGGCCGCGAGCAGUACGGCCACGUGAGCAGCCCGCGCUCCGACUACGCGCCCACGCAGCUCCACGGCUACGGCGCCAUGAACAUGAACAUGGCCGCCGCGCACCACGGCGCCGGCGCCUUCUUCCGCUACAUGCGGCAGCCCAUCAAGCAGGAGCUCAUCUGCAAGUGGGUCGAGCCCGAGCAGCUCGCCAGCCCCAAGAAGUCCUGCAACAAGACCUUCAGCACCAUGCACGAGCUGGUCACGCACCUGACCGUGGAGCACGUGGGCGGCCCCGAGCAGACCAACCACAUCUGCUUCUGGGAGGACUGCUCCCGGGAGGGCAAGCCCUUCAAGGCCAAGUACAAGCUGGUCAACCACAUCCGCGUCCACACCGGGGAGAAACCCUUCCCCUGUCCCUUCCCCGGCUGCGGGAAAGUCUUCGCGCGCUCGGAAAACCUGAAAAUCCACAAAAGGACGCACACCGGAGAAAAACCCUUCAAGUGCGAGUUCGACGGCUGUGAUCGACGCUUCGCCAACAGCAGCGACCGGAAGAAACACAUGCACGUGCACACGUCCGACAAGCCCUACCUGUGCAAAAUGUGCGACAAGUCCUACACGCACCCCAGCUCUCUGCGCAAACACAUGAAGGUGCACGAAGCCAGCAACCCCGCGUCCCAGCCGUCCCCCGCCGCCAGCUCGGGCUACGAGUCGUCCACGCCGCCCACCAUCGUGUCUCCGUCCGGGGAGAACCAGAGCGGCGGCGGCGGCGGCGGCGGCGGCGGCGGCGGCGGCAGCUCCUCCAUAUCCCCGGCGGCCCCCGCGGUGCACCACACGGCCGGCCACGGCACCCUCUCGUCCAAUUUCAAUGAAUGGUACGUGUAAAUAAACAACAACAACAGCAACAACAACAACAACAACAACAACAACAAGACUUUUUUUUUGGGACUUUGCAAAGAAUUAAACACACAAAAAAAUGGACAAAUGCAUGGACCAAAAAAAAAAGAGAAAAGAAGGAGCAGUUGUUAUUUUUACUCCAAAAAAAGUUGACUUUCUGUGUACAUACAUCGCCCCCCAAAAAAGGUAAUAUUUUAUUUUGUACAUAGUCGCUAAAGUGCUCCCCCCCUUGCUAUAAAGAAUGUUCUAGUUGUGUACCAAAAUGUGAACAGGUCAGCUAACAAUACUAGUAUUCAUGUUUUAAUCACUGUUGUUAUUUAAAUGUCAUGUCGACCAAUCGUCUAAUAGUGAAGCUGUUUAUUCUGUACGUGGCAAAUAUACCAACAUGUCGUCUAAAGGGGGGGAACUAUUAUUAUUAUUAUUAUUAUGAUUAUUAUUAUUAUUAUUAUUAUUAUUAUGGAAGUAGCUCAAUUUUUCCAUAUUUAUCCGCAUGUUUAGAAGUGGUCGGUAUUUAUGGAGAAAUGCGCUCGUAUAUAUAUGUCCGAAUUGAGUUGAAUAAAAAAAAAAAACAUGUUUGGAUACAUUUCGUACAAUAUUAAAGGACUGAAAACGACAUUAAAACAACAAAAAAAGAGCUUUUUUAUUUUUUUUAAAUAUUUUUUUUAAUUUUUUUUCUCCUGUUAUUAAUAAUUUCAAUUGUGUUGUCAUAAGUUUAGCGGCAGUCAAUAACGAGGAGCCCCAUCCCCGGGCCCCGGGCCCCCCCCUCCCCCCUCCUUCUGUGUUUAUCCAAAUUAGCAUCCACACUUUGCCCCGCAGUAACGCGCAAAUUAAAUCGAUUAAUCACGCCGGUUGUUCCUCGUGAAUAAAGAGAAGUUUCGGGCCUUUACUUAAUUGUUGCAAGAAUCUCAUUUUGUAAUCUAAUUUAUUUCUUCCUGGCGGAUGGCAUUGCGUGGAUUCGUCACCCUCCCCGACGAAUCCACGGUGCGUGAAAAGCAUGAAAAGUGAACCCCCCCACACACACACACACUUUGCUUUUUUUUUUUUUUUUUUUUUUUUUUUUUUUUUUUUUUUUUUACAUAUUUCAUUGUGAUGCGCAGCUUGCUUAGCGGCCCAUUAAGCAGCAAAGAUCACGUGAUCCACGCACAGAUAAAAGACUUAUUUAAAAAAAAAAAAAAAAAAAAAUGUGCACGAAGACAGAAAGAAAGAAAGGAGGAAUAAAAAAAAAAAAAAAAAAACGGAAGCCAGAAGAAAUAUAUUAAAAUGUAUUCAUAUUUUCCCUCCCUCCCGUGGAUUAUUACGUCCGUGAUAAAAAAAAAUGACGACUCUAUUUAAACAUUCCACGUCGCGUGUGGAAGCUCCAGUGGACACACUUCAAGGACAGUUGAUUAGGCACCCCUAAAGUAGAACGGAAUUGAAAUGAAAAAAAAAAGAAAUAGGCCUUUUGUGAAAAAAUAAAAGCACGUGUUUGCACUAUUUUACGUGACGAGUAAAAUAUUUGAUUCGUGACGAUUCGUUUUAUAAUCAUUCUUGGGAAGAAGAAGAAGAAGAAGAAAAAUAAAUAAAAAAAAGCUCCAAAAUCCAUCGGGUCGUUUGAAAAGAUUCAAGAUGCUUGAUUUGUGUUUAAUCGAUAGUCGCCAGAAAUAAAUCAGUAAAAAAAAUAAAACACUUCCGGUCUGGCAGUUCCCAACAGGAAGUUAUUUAUGAUCGACAUGUCAGCUGCUUUUAAUCGUGUGCUUCUCGGAAAUAUUUUUCUUUAAAAUUAAUCGAAUAUAAUACAACGACAAAGGUGGUGAUUUAAAAAAAAAAGUGUUUACUCCGCUGCGUUUUAUUUUGUAAUAUUUAAAAAUACGAAACAUCAAGUUAAAAACAACAUGUUACAAAACGUAACCACGUGACUUCCUGCAAAUAUGUUGCUUAUGCAAAUAUCCACGAGCACGUGAUUUUUUUUUCCUCCCCACUAUUACUCCAAAGUACUUCAUUCUGUCUGAAUAUGAGUUGAAAGUUGUGUACUUCGGUAUUUUAUUUAGUGUUUUUUAUUUUUAUUUUAUUUUUUUGUUUUGCGAACUAAGCCAAACAGGAAGUGGCGAGAAUAAAAGCCCUCCCGCGGCUGCUUUUACGAGCGAGAGAACAUUCUGGCAGCUGCUGGCAACACAUUCCACACCAAAAUAUUUCUCCCACGACGACUCUUCUGCGCGUGCGCGGUCGGCCACUUCAUUAGGCACACCUCGGCAGUGGCGUCACGUUAGAAA